AUGUCGCCAACGCUCGUCAUCGUCACGGGCUCCUUCGCGCCGGCCUCGCUCUACACCGAAUUUGUCGCCGUGCUCAAGAAGCAUGGUGUCGACACCGUCGUCUUAUCGUCGCCCUCGGUGGGCCGGCGCGAGGGCAAGCCAGCAGCGUCCAUGAUGGAGGACGCCGACGAGAUCGUCCGGGCCGUGAGCGAGCUGCUGGAUGCCGGCAAGGAGGUGGUGCUGUUGGCGCACUCGUACGGCGGAAUCCCCGCCGCGCAGUCCAUGGAGCGUCUAUCGGUCAAGCAGCGGACGGCAGCGGGCAAGAGGGGCGGCGUGGCUAAGAUGGUCUACCUGACCGCCAUCGCGCUGCCCCUCGGCGGGUCAAACAUGGACUCGUUCAACCCAGAGAGCGCAUCGCAUUUGAUGAAAAGCGACGGUGAAUAUAUGGACAUUGUCCCGGAAGGCCUGGUGAGCACAACCUUCAGCGACUUGCCGCCCGAGGAAGGACUCAAGUGGGCCAAAAAGAUGUCGUGCCAUUCGCUCAAGAGCUUCCAGGACAAGCUGAUGUACCCGGGCUACAACGACGUCGAGAUGCACUACAUCCUGUGCGAGCUCGACGCGCUGAUUCCCCCGAUUGCGCAGGAGGCCAUGGUGUCAUUAAUCAAGGAGAGUUCGGGCAAGGAAGUCAAGGUGCACAGGCUAGCAGCUGGUCAUGCGGCGACCGUCAGCGCGCCCGAGAAGUUGGCUGAGGUUGUCAAGACGAUUGUUUAG